AUGGAGGGGGAAUUGUACGGGGGACAACCGGAACACCCUGAGAGUAGUCAGGAAAAAUGUAACCCGAAAUACCUCGAAACGGUCUGCCUGGAUGAGGACGAGUGGACGGGAGGUUUGAUUGAGAUCAACAAUGGAACGCACAGGACGCUAAAAACCCAGUGCUGCAAAUUCUCGGACCUUAAAAUGGCCAGGCAGCUGAAGAGCGUGAUGCUGGAAUACGGGGAUAGUUAUGCUGGUGGAAUCGUUAAGAAUGACAAGGAGCCGCCAGGUUACGAUUUGGUGAAGGAGAUUCGGAAGACGGUUACUUCGGACAAUCAGGUCCAAUACCUCAUCUCCAUCUUCCGAAUGCCGUGCACCAUCGAAGAGGUUGAGGAGCUCGAUGACGAAACUGAAGAGCCUGUUGCGGCUAAAGGACAAGCAUUCCCCAUAAAAACUCGAGUCAGAAGGCGAAUGACGUCAACCCCAUCGUACGAGUACGAGGAUGAACCUAGACGGUAUGCCACAAACCGACGCCGAUAUUCCGCACGACGGGGUCAGCCUAUGAGGCGCAGGCACCGCGCCCGUCGUCCGGUCUAUCGUCAGCUCGAGUACGAGGACAUGUACGACUAUGACUACGCACCAGUACGCAGGAGGCCAAUGUACCGUACCUCGGAUCGUCUCUGGCCAGUCGCUUACCCGCCAAGCCAUCGUCGUCGAGCUUACGGGGCUGAGGUCUACGAUACGGAGGAGCCUCUGGGGUAUCAGGAAAACUUCAUGAUUUUCGACCAACGUGAUCGUCAGAAUAAUAAUGGGGACUAUUCAAGGGCACUGGCAGCUAAGCUCGCCCGUGAGGCCUACGACCAAACAGCUCCCGCUCCUCUAGCCCCGGCGACUAACACCGAUUACGUGCCUUCGGCUACCAACUUGGAGUCCCAAAGCGUCGCCCCUGCGCAGCCGACUUAUGAUUUCGGCGGUCAGCCCCCAGCCGCAGCCAGUCAACCUGUGCAAGUACAACCUCAAGAACCAGGCCCGGUCGGACCGCCAGUUUACAACACUAUCGGUGGACUACAACAGGCUCCAAUUGGCGGUUAUGCUCAGGCUCCGGCGAGCUUUAGUAUGAACGCCCUCUUCACCCGGAUGCAGUGCUUCUCCCGCAAUAUGGAAGUCGAGACCCCAACGGGCCCAAAACGAAUGGACGAGCUGCAAGUUGGCGACCUCGUGCUCAGCAUUGAUGAGAAUAUGGUUCAAUACUCCCCUGUCAUCAUGUUCCUCCACAAGAUCGACGCGGAGGAGGCGGAGUUUAAUAGAAUUAUGCUGGAAAGUGGAGAAGCGGUCGAGUUGACUGAUGAGCAUUUGAUCUACGUAAAUGAUUGCGAGAAUACGGCUUUGGAUCUGGUGCAUGCAAAGGAUGUGAAGGUUGGCCAAUGUCUGCACUCGGUGAACGCAGAUUCGUUGUUGGAUGCGCAGAUCAUUAGGAAUAUUACCAAGGUACCCGGCACCGGAAUCUAUUCCCCAUUAACGUCAUCCGGAGACAUUUUUGUCAAUGGCGUCCUCUCCUCCUGCCACUCAAACUUGGCGCUGAAGGCAUUGCAACAGACCUUCUUCAUCCUCCACCGGAAAGCCCAGAGCUUCUUCGGAUUUGUGGAGGAUCACGAGAGACAGCAGUCGCAUGCAGAGCUCCCAUUCGGCGUUGCAUACCUGACGACAGUUAUCGACCUCUUCCUCCCGAAGCACUUUUUC